AUGGCUAUUUUUUCGUGGGUUUCCUUUGAUUUUUGUCGUUUUUGUGAUGUCGCGUGACUAAAAACUAAUUUAUUCAAAGUUCUUUCCCAUCGAAAAUCCGAUUAAUUAUAUUAGCCCCGCAAGCUUUUACAAUGCAAAUGAAGUGAUUAAACUUACUUCGAAAAUUUUCUUGAAGGGUUCCAUCUCCAUUUGUCGCACGGAUCCAAGAAAUAAUGGCCUUCCUCAAUCGACAACUUCAGGUGGAUAAGGAAGCGUUUCUUUCCAAAAUGGAUAAUUUAAGGCGGUUUUCUCCAACGGAGUUAGGGCGCAGCAGUCGCGUCUGGCCAGCAACGACGUCACUUUCCAGACCAAGGCUCGUCCAGAAAUCUCAAUGCACCAUUUUUCGCAUCUUUUUAGCCUUACAAGUUGCAUAAGCUUGAUGAUGGACCCAACACUUCAGUGACUUUAAACCGCGAGGAUGCUCUCAAGUUCUACCGAGAAAUGCAGGUUGGCCUAGUUUUAAAACGUUUGUGUUUUUUUUUCUCGGAGACUUUCAAUCGAUAUGUAGCAGUAAGGUCGUUCAAACAUGACCCCUGGUAUUUCUAAAAAUCUGUUCAAGUGCUCUUCGAUGUACUAAUUCGUCAUGUAGAGAAAAAGGCUCGAAGUUGUGAAGACCAAUUAAACCGAAUGACUGUUUUCUUUCCGAUCCUCAGGCGGUUCGCGAAAGUCGGAAAUUGUGAACUAUUUAGUUUCUGAGCGGUUUUGCAGAGUCCAAAGUGAAAUAGCUGUUUUUGAAAGAUUGAUAACCCAGGGCUUAGUGUGAAUUGGAAGAAAGUUAGUGAGAUCUAGGUCAUCCGACGAAUGGAGUCUGCGGCUGGCAACCUGUACAAGGAAAAGAAGAUCCGCGGGUUCUGCCAUCUGUACUCAGGACAGGAGGCGUGCGCAGUAGGCAUGAAGGCGGCGAUGACCGAUGGCGACGCCGUCAUCACGGCCUACCGUUGCCAUGGCUGGACCUACAUGCUCGGCAGCACCGUCACCGAAGUUCUGUCCGAGCUGACUGGUUGGGGCUUCCUUCAGACUCCUACUCACUUCGACAACUUCAGGACGCAUUUCUGGAAACGUGCAUGGAAAGGGUGGCUCGAUGCACAUGUACACGAAGAGUUUCUACGGAGGCAACGGCAUUGUCGGCGCUCAGCAGCCUCUUGGCGCAGGAAUCGCCUUGGCCAUGAAAUACCGGUCGGUCACUCUCCUUUAGUUCAAAAGAUUCAACCAGAAAUAAUGUAGAAAAAAUUCACUCAAAAUCAGAAAAACACAGGUUAAAUGGAUCACCAAAGCCCAUUCGAAUUUUUAUGCUAACACUUUUAACGUUUUUUACUUUUAUAACCGUUCUUUGUGAAACGUUCUCAUUCGUGGGCUUGUAGUCAUGGGAGGGCUUCUUUUUCAAAAAGAUUGAGAAGUAUUGAGAAGUAUUUACGGAGAGGGGAAACGAUUACAAAUUUUCAAAUUUUGUUGAUCGUUUUUCAAAAAAUGGUCUUCUAGAAACUUUUUAUUGAAAGUAUUCAUUUUCAUUUUUCAAUCAGGGAUGCUUUUAAUGAUUUUUCGUUUUAGAGAACAGAAAAAUUUCUGUAUAACUUUGUACGGCGACGGCGCUGCCAAUCAGGGCCAGCUUUUCGAAGCGACCAACAUGGCCAAGCUGUGGGACCUUCCUGUAGUGUUUGUGUGUGAAAACAACGGAUUCGGCAUGGGAACCACCGCCGAACGCUCGUCCGCCUCCACGGACUACUACACCAGGUAUCUUCUUUUUGUCCUUGUUCUGGCUUUCAAAUUUUUUAUUGCUUAUAAAAUUUUCACAAUAACAGUUUUUUUUUUACUUUUUUUUCUACUCUGCACUAGAAAAACUAUAGACGUCAAAAACAAAUGUUGGUAUAAUUUUCCUUGAUGAACUUUGCACAAGAAGCAAACACAUUAGGUCUUCGAAAAGAAAGGCUUUUUAAGAGGCGACUAUGUUCCCGGAAUCUGGGUCGAUGGAAUGGACGUUCUGGCGGUGCGCGAAGCGACGCGUUGGGCCAAGGAGUACUGUAACGCUGGCCGUGGGCCUCUCGUCUUCGAACUGGCCACCUACCGUUACCACGGACACUCCAUGUCCGAUCCUGGUACCAGCUACCGUACUCGCGACGAGAUCCAGGAGGUCCGCAAGACGCGCGAUCCCAUCACCGGCUUCAAGGACCGCAUCAUCACCGCCAACCUUGCCACUGAAGAAGAACUCAAGAACAUCGACAAGGUCUGCAUCUUUCAAAAUGAUAGGCGAAAACCCUUUCUUGCUCUCUUAAUCAGUUUCUCUGAAGUUUAACCUUUUCUGCUGAGUUAGAAGCAAAGUACCAAAUUUUCUGAUUUUUGCUCUAAAAUUUUUCAGACUUCUAAAUUCAAAAAUGUUAAUCUAUUACUAGUGUGUGCUUCUUCAGGUUUCAGAAGUAAUCUAACGGUUCAUUUUAUAGAAAAGAAGGCACAUUAGUGACUUCGUCUUUUUAAAACCUAUUAGUACAGCUUUGGACAUUUUACGGCGUCGAAAUCCAAGUUUUCGCAUAGAUUUAUCUUGAUUUUGGGUUUUUUGAGUUUUAUCGUAAUAGGGUAUUUAUUAAAAAUAUAUUAAUAAGACUAGUCGAAUAUUUUUAAAAAGCAAGUUGUCCUUGGUACCGUUCGGAUUCGUUCAGGAAGUGCGCAAAGAGGUCGACGAGGCCUUGAAAACGGCCACUUCUGACGGGGUUUUGCCUCCGGAGGCUCUCUACACUGACAUUUAUCACAACACGGAAAAACAAGUGGUUCGUUGUUUUUUUGAGUUUUCUGAGAUGUCAUGACAUUUUUUCAGAUUCGCGGCGCAACUAUCGAUGAAACUGUCGUCCAGAAGUACAAAAACACGGCCGAACUCCUCAAGGAAAACAAAUAG